AUGGCAUCGCACUUUGCUUGUUCAAAUGCUCUGCGAUCUGUACCACGCACUACCAGGACUACGAUAAUUGCAGCUAGACCACUUAGGCCAAGAUCAGCGAAGCGAGCAUAUCAUGAAAGUGCUGGAAGGUCUCGAUCGCAUACGCCUUGGACGACGCAAUCAGCAGCUGUGCUAGCAGCGGCAGCGACAGUCGCUUUAGUUUAUUCCGCAAGUUCGAGGCCGGUGGAAGCUGAAGCGCAAGACGACAAACCACCUGCACCUGUUGUCGAGAAGCUCAAGAAAAAGAAGGGAGUGAGUAAGGAACAGAACAGAGAUGCAAUCAGCUCGCAGCAUCUGCAAGUCAAAAGGAGCUGGGAGAACCCUGGCGUAUAUGCUUGGGGUUCCAAUACUGGCAGAGUGGUUGCUCCUGAUUCAGACGAGGCUUAUAUCAAAACUCCAAGACGCAUACCUUUCUUUGAUGAUGUCCUGCUUAGGGACAUCAAGCUCGAUAGACAGUUUGGGGCAGCGGUUCUCGAAAAUGGAGAUUUGGUGCAAUGGGGCAAAGACUUCUCGGAGGAUUCAACUCAGCCGCAGGUCACUUUGAAGGGGAAGGACAUCCAGCAGAUUUCCAUAUCACGAGAUCGUGUUAUCGCUCUGUCGAAGGAUGGCACUGUCUACUCUAUCUCAGCCUCGAAAGCCGAGCAAAGCUCUGGCAGCAAACCCACCGAAUCUUCGUGGAUUCCAGGCUGGAGCAGUACCUCACCUAUCAGCUAUCGCACCAUCAAACCCUCGACCCUUGGUGGCCGCGAGAAAGUGACUGCUAUUUCUGGCGGCCUCGAACAUGUCCUGAUGCUCACAAACUCCGGUCGCCUCUUCUCCGCUGCGUCAGGAAGCCAGGACUUCCCUGCUCGUGGUCAGCUAGGCGUCCCAGGUCUGAACUGGUCUACUCGUCCGCCAGGUGCCUACGACCAGUGCCACGAAGUCACAACUCUCAAGGGGUUUGAAAUUGACAAGAUUGCAGCUGGAGACUACCACUCUGUCGUCGUUGAUAAGGAGGGCCGAGUCUUUAGUUUCGGCGACAACUCUUCCGGUCAGCUGGGCUUCGAUCCAAGCUCUGAAGCACCCUUUGUGGAUACCCCUUCACUAGUCGCCAUCAAUCGCCUUUACCAGGGCACGAACCAGACGUACAAAGUCACACGUAUCUCAGCAGGUGGUCUAAAUAGUUUCUUCACCAUCGACGCCACCCGUAUUGCAGGACCAAACGAGAGUCCAAACGAAGUCAGACAACUCGGUCGAGUAACAGCUGACACCUGGUCCUGCGGGCAAGGCAUCAAAGGCGCGCUCGGCAACGGUCGCUGGACGCACAUUCAGGGCGUUCCAACCAAAAUACCUUCUCUCUCUAACCUCAACGAAUACGACGAGAAUACCAACCAAGUAGUUCCCAUCCGCAUCCACAGCAUUAGCGUAGGCAGCACACAUGCCGGCGCCAUACUCAGCAACAUUACCUUUCUCGACACGAAUGAGAAGUCUAGCGAAGAUACCACGAAUUGGGGUGCCGAUGUGGUCUGGUGGGGUGGAAAUGAGUUCUAUCAGUUAGGCACGGGCAAGAGGAAUAACGUGAGCACCCCGUUGUAUAUUCGGCCGUUGGACAUGGCUGCCGAGAUUGAAGCGGGACGGAAAGAGGAGCAUAGGUUUCAUAUUACGCCGAGACAUAAUGUUAAGGUCAAGGAUGGGAGGACCGUGAGCAUGGAGCAGAGGAUCGAGUGCGGCAGAAACGUUACCGCAGUGUAUUCGGGAGUAUAG